UCUUAUUAUGUUCUCAUGCCUUUUUCAGAAAAAGCUACCAGCGAAACCAAUACAAAUGAAGACUGGUCUCUCAUAUUAGAUGUAUGUGAUAGGGUUUCAUCCAACCCACGAAGCGCCAAAGACUGUUUGAAGGCGAUUAUGAAGCGUAUGGGUCACGCCGAUCCACAUGUAGUCAUGCAGGCUUUAACGCUUUUAGAUGCUUGUGUAAAUAAUUGUGGUAAACCAUUUCAUUUGGAAAUUGCUUCUAGAGAUUUCGAAAAUGAAUUUAGGCGUUUGUUAUCAAAGGCACAACCCAAAGUUUCAUUGAAUAUGCGUCAAGUGCUUAAAAACUGGGCUGAAAACGAUUUUAAGAGUGAUCCGGAAUUAAAUUUAAUACCUUCGUUCUACAACAAGCUACGUCAUGAAGGCUACGACUUCAGCAAUUUGAACGAAAAGCCACCAAAGUUAGUAACAAAAUUGACUGCUUUACAGGAUCCAAACGUAGUAAGCAGUCAACAAGAGGAGGAUGACAUUGCUAAAGCUAUUGAACUAUCAUUGAAGGAGGCGAAAAGUAGUCCAAAGCAUCAAGGCAACGCGGGAGGUACUAGCGGAGGAGCCUCGGUCGCAUCUUCUGCUUAUCAAUCAUUAUAUCCAUCAUUUUCUGGAUCUGGAUCAAUGGCUAGCAUCACUUCUGCAGGAGGGACUUCGAAUAACUCUGCCAAUUCACAACCUGAACCGCGUAAAGUUCGGGCUUUGUAUGAUUUUGAAGCGGCUGAAGAGAAUGAAUUGACGUUUUUUUCAGGCGAGAUUAUACAUGUACUAGAUGACUCCGAUCUGAAUUGGUGGAAAGGCUAUAACCAACGCGGGGAAGGUUUGUUUCCAUCGAACUUUGUAACCGCUGACUUGUCUGUUGACCCGGAACGUUUAGAUAUCAAUCAACACAAUAAAACGAAAAAGAGUGUGCAAUUUGAAGAUGAUACCAAAGCAUUGCAAUUAAAGACUGAGGCUGCCGCAGCGGCAGUUGCCGAACAACGAAUCGAAAUCGAUGAAGUAAAGAUUGACCGUCUAUUGCAUCUUCUGCACGAAGCGAACCCUGAAGACCCUUCGCAAGAUAGCGAAGAAAUGCUGCGCUUAGAGCAGCAAGUACAUCAAAUGGGACCACUUAUUGAUGCCGAGUUGGAGCGUGUUGAUCGCAAGCAUGCACAACUAACGCAAUUAUCCAGUGAUUUGGUGGACGCAAUCAAUCUGUAUCAUUCGCUUAUGCGCGAUGAUCGUAUGGGACUAUCAGGUGGCCCCGUAUCUGGAGGUUAUAUAGGUGGUGUGCCAGAAAUGGUAAGAACAAUGGCGGGUUUAGAUUAUCAAGGCGUGCCAAAUGCACAAAUGUUAUACGGUGCAGUUAGCUAUCCAGGCAAUACACAUUUUCCACCACAUAUUCAACGACCACAGGACAUUCCACAGCAAAGUUACGGCAUGCAAUCGUUGCCCUACGCCAACGCUGUACUGAUGGCCCGUAAUCUCGCACCUGUUACCACUCAAAAUUCCCCAAACGUGGCUUCAACAGUAGUAUCGGUACCGGGCGGCAGUUAUCCUAUCCCCUUGGAAUAUCAGAAUGGACACGAAAACCCAGGACAGCGGAAUGAAAAUGGUAAACGUCCAUUUAUUUAAAUAUUAAGAGUCUUUACUAAAUAUUAGAUUUCCCUCACCCGCUUCGCUGAGUAUAUGAAGUUUCCGCCUGCUACAUUAGGUGUAAUUUUUUUCUAUAAAACUCAACAUAUACACCGAGGAUCAAAACCUGAACAGUAAUACAUAAUGUGAAUUUUCUUGCGAUAUAUUCGCAAUAUAUUAAGACUUUUUUGUGUUCUAGUUUCGGAUUUCACAUUUCCAAUGUUUAUUUCAUCAGAAGGCCAUAAAAACAAUCAUUAAUACAAGCAGAUAAAGAAGAAAAUUGCAAAAAAACGUAGCAACUAGCAUGUUCCAGUUUUGCACCCGAUAGAAAGUUUUACCAUUUGCUUGACUUUUAAUAAAUUGGCCAUAACCAAUUUGAAUAUUUUAGCUUUUAUUGUCACCUUGGGAUACUUUUACACAGUUUUUGAAGGAAAUCUGUUUAGAUUGCGUACAGGUUUUCCUCAACGCCAUGCCCAAGGUCUUGCAUGCGAUUGGGUGCAUUUCCCUAAUUGGACAGUAGCACUUUCAAACAUAAGUUUUCUUCCCAGUUUCAAAUCUGGGCUUUACAAAGGCCAUUCCAUGAUUAUAAAAACUUGGGAGUUAUACCUAAUUGGCCCCAGUUUCGGAGCAUGUUUCGGUUCAUUGUCCUGUUAAAAUUGAUAAGAGCCUGCGAAAAAUAUCCUAAUAGUUAAAUCACCGUUUUCUCAAGUAACCUGUAACUUUAAAGCUCACUUUAUAUUUCAAGGUUGCAUUAAAAUUAAUGAUUGCUGUCUAAAGUAAAGCAUUUUACUAUCCGUUUUAAAUUGUUUUACAACCAAGAAAUAUACAUUCGUCGUAAGCCGAUAAUAGAAAUGCUUAACUUUAGACAUUGCUUUACUUUUAAUCCAACCUUUAAAUAUUAAAUGAGCUUUAAACUUAAAGGUUACUUCAGAAAACUGCCCUAAAUAUUUUGAGGGGUUAGGAGCAGAGCUGGGUAAUUUUUGAUAACGAUUACAUUUUAAUUACGAUUGCUUAAUUGUAAUCCUUAAAUUAUACACUGAGGGAAAAAAAUAUUAAAAUCAAAUAGAAACGUAAUUGAUCUUACUAUAAAC